UGCCGGUGCUGUUACGCAUUUAUCGGACGGGAAGUUAACACGCAUAUAUCUGUAUAGAGAUAUGGUUUAUUCAGCAUAUAUUUCUAUUAUUAUAUGUUCAUUUAGUCUGUGUAUCGGUUUUCCUUUCAAGUUGCCACAUCACAUUCAACCUUCUCAUCCUAAACAUGGGUGUGAUAUUUGUGCCGAUAUAGUCUUUCUGUUCGACGACUCUUCAUCUAUACCAGUAGCAGAUCCACACGGAUUCCAUAAAAUGAAAGAUUUCAUGGUGGCAGUUGUCCAAUCGUUCAGUAAUUUUGGUCCUCCAAAUGGGGUCCAGGUUUCCGUGGUAUUGGUAGCCCACACUGUCAGAAAUUAUUUUUACCUUAACAACUUCACCCACGAAGCAGACAUAGUGCACAAUAUGAAAAUUUUCCCCGAAAUUAAAGGUAGUGCCACGGCGAUAGGUGAAGGAUUAAAGUUUGUGCGAGAGAAAAGUUUCCUACCAAAAUUUGGAGGAGAACGUCUAUGUGCUGACAAAUUUCUCAUACUUCUUACUGAUGGAAAACAUAACCUUGGAGCCCUGCCAAAACCACAAGCUGAGGCACUGAAGGACGAAGGUGUUACCAUAUUUGUAAUUGGUGUUGGACCGAAGGUGUUGAUGUCGGAAUUACUCGCUAUCGCCUCGAAACCAGAAUAUGUUUUUAAUGUUACUGAUUUUAACCAGUUGGCUGCUAUUAACGAUAGAAUUGUAGAUGAUGCAUGUAAAGUGGCAAAAGACAGCAAGCUUACCCCACAGCCCUGUAGCCUGGAACAGAUUUCAAAAACAUUAAUUCCUUAUGGUUACGCUUUAGUACCUGUGUUUUAUCCGUUAACAAAAAAGAAAAUGUCAUGGCCUCCAGCAUUUCAAGGACUUGACCAGCUUGACAAUGAGCACCAUCUACCUUGGUUGACACACAACGAACAUAGUCACAAACACGGAGGACGGUGGGAUAAAUGAACAAA